GACUCGCAGUCAUUACCUCCCCACACAUACCUAGUGCGGCUUCGCUCGUGUGUACAUAUUCGCACCGGGCAGCCAUCUUUGCUUAAGGGUGCGAGGCCGGACUUGGGGAAUGUCUUCAUUCUCCGUCAAAAAUAUCCUAGAGAUGGGUGAACCACGAUUUCACGCUACGAACGCCACAACAGCUAUUAAUCCAACUGUUUACCGAAAGGAUAAUCUCAACUUCGAGCAAACCCCGAAGGCCGAUCAUUCGAUGGCAGAAAUGGAACUACUUAGAGGGCCAAGCAGCUCGCAGCCUCAUUCGCAGGAACAUUCUGAGCGCUUAGCAGAUCGAUCAAGCCAACAUGUGAGUCCUAGAGGAUCACAUCAACAGAGAGAGGACACACCAGAACCAUCAAAGAAAAGGAAGAGAAGAAUUCUCUUUACCAAGUCUCAAAUUUACGAACUGGAGAGACGGUUUCGCUAUCAGCGCUACCUUUCGGCACCUGAACGCGAACAACUGGGCCGCAUGAUCAAUCUCACCCCUACUCAGGUAAAAAUCUGGUUUCAGAAUCAUCGCUACAAGCACAAGAAGCAAGCGUCGGAAGGAGAAUACAAAGAGCCGCGCUCAAUCUUCCCGAGAACUGUACCGGUUCCUGUCCUGAUACGUGAAGGACAGAGCUGUUACAACGACUUCAACAGCAACGCUUACUUGAGUGCACAACCUUCGUUCGGUUCCGAGUACAACAAUUACCAAACCAACCCGUACUCCAACCCUUUAUCUCAUCUGAACACUAACUCUUAUUCGUACCCACCGCCUGCAGUCAGCUCGUCCUGCAUGCAGGGAUACUCGCCCUAUAUCAAACCCUCUUGUCUCCUUUGCAGAGGAUCCGCGCUCGUCAGUCGGGAAAGGCAUCGGAGCGUUUUGCGACUGUCAAACGAAUAAGGGAUGUGGGGUCUCCUGUGUUCUUCUGUCUUUGGCCCUUUGGCCUCGUAUAGCACGAUACUUAGGCAAUCUGACCGUAGCCCAUCACCUCCAAGCACCAGCUCAAAGCGAAAAUGGUUAUGCUCCCUUCGCGUCGCAUUUUUUUUUUUUAACAGCACCACAAAUUUUUUUUUCAAUUACAAGUUCUCGAAAGCUGUAGCACCCGGCACUCUACGAUAAGCUGAAGCCUUUUAACAAGAAUGUUUUUAGACUGAGUGAAGCGCCUUAUCUCUAUUUCACUUAAGAGUUAAACUCUCUUUGUGAUCCCAUUGAUUGGUGAUUAGUGGACACGACGUGCUAGGCGAAAAUGGGAAGCGAUUAGCACGAUAUGCAGGACAAUCACAUCGACGCCAAGUAGUUCGAGCUCUUGAAUGGAUUCAAAACCCUAAUUGGCUAGUAACGGGCCUGGUGUUUCAAUUGAGGGCAGUGGGGAGGAGGUUUAGUGUGCGGCUUGUUUGUUCAGGUCCCUCUUAAGUACACCUGUACCAAACUCCAUUAGAAAACUGCCUAUCCAGCUCACAAAUUCCAUAUCUGUACCAAACUCCAUUAGAAAACUGCCUAUCCAGCUCACAAAUUCCAUAUCUGUACCAAACUCCAUUAGAAAACUGCCUAUCCAGCUCACAAAUUCCAUAUCUGUACCAAACUCCAUUAGAAAACUGCCUAUCCAGCUCACAAAUUCCAUAUCUGUACCAAACUCCAUUAGAAAACAAACUGCCUUUCCAGCUCACAAAUUCAAUAUCGAAACUUGUACCUAACGCCUCAGUCAUUAAUAUAUCAUUACUAUCUAACCCAUUCUAUUGCACAUAUACCGUAGGUCCCUUAUCUUAUUAUACGUUACCGCUACCGCGGUAACGUAUACCGCUACCGUCACACCUGGCGUUAUUGGCCUUAUACGUCUCUUCCAUUUGCCCAUCAUAGAAUCGCACCAAACCGUGCUGUCACCUGGCUAAACGAGCUCCUUCGCAGGCCCGUAGCCAGGUUUUUGAGCAGGAAGGUUCGUUUCCCAUUUAGCAGAACAUUUUAUCUUAGGUAGCCUAUCCUAGCUCGCAGUGGUGCCCAUUUUUUCUACAUUAGUACGGACCUUUCAGUCGAGUUGGAGGUUCUCCCUCCCCCCAGUAACCAACCAUUCUAACGCUUCUCGAUCGCAUAUUUGCUGACCUAAUGUGGUCAAUGUAAAACAAAACACACGUUUAACCGGCGCAGCAUUGAUAUAAAAAAACAAAUACAAUUAAAACGCAUUGCAAACUUGGUGAUCGAGGUCUCGAGGGCCUUGAAUCCUCCUAAAAAAACUUGGACUGGCGCCGCUUGAUCAUUUGACUAAAAAAACGACGUUUUUUUUUUUCAUUUUGCCCACGAAACAUUCCUACCGAACGCUUCCUAAACAACACCAUAACAUGACCCGAGGAAACAGACAUAUAGAGUGUCAGCCGCUAAUCAAGCCCUUGACCCCUCGCGACCCGUGUCCCUCCCCCUGCUCGUUCAGCCAUCGCGUUGGAGUGUCUCGCUUGAUCUGAAUUGGCUGUUCAAUGGGCUGUUACUAGUAUGAACAGUAAUCGGUGAUGCUGUACACGAGCCACCCAGCUCUAAAGCAAGGACAGUGUUUCUUGUCUAAACCUUAUAGCAAGCACAUCAAUCUAGAGCUAUCAUGA